CGGGGGGCGCGGGGAGCCAAUGGGCGGCGGGGAUCCGCCGGCGCGGCUCGGGGGCCCCUGGAGGAGGAGGAGAGGAAAAACCACGGGAUUGAGCUCUGUCAGUGGCGCUCGCUGCUUCCGAGGGGGAAGUGCCGGGGAAUAAUUAAUGUUUUUAUUAAAUUUGGAGGGAAUUUUUUUGCAGCCGAUCGCCGUGCGUGGCCUUCAGGCUGAUUGGAGUCUAGAUCCCGAGGAAAUCUCCAGAUCCAAUGCCCAGUAAAUAAAACACUGAGCUCAGACUCGUGGAAGAGCCACAGGAUGGAUGGAUUUUAUGACCAGCAAGUGCCUUACAUGGUCACCAAUAAUCCGCGUGGGAGAAACUGUAAUGAGAGACCGACAAAUGUCAGGAAAAGAAAAUUCAUUAACAGAGACCUGGCUCAUGAUUCAGAAGAACUCUUUCAAGAUCUGAGCCAAUUACAGGAGACAUGGCUUGCAGAAGCUCAGGUACCUGACAAUGACGAGCAGUUUGUGCCAGACUAUCAGGCUGAAAGUUUGGCUUUUCAUGGUCUCCCUGUGAAAAUCAAGAAAGAACCCCAUAGCCCAUGUUCAGAACUUGGCUCUGCUUGCAGUCAAGAGCAACCAUUCAAGUUCAGUUAUGGGGAAAAGUGCCUGUACAAUGUCAGUGCCUAUGAUCAGAAGCCACAAGUGGGAAUGAGGCCCUCCAACCCACCAACGCCAUCCAGCACUCCUGUGUCACCACUGCACCAUGCCUCCCCAAACUCAGCUCAGACUCCUAAACCUGACCGGGUUUUCCCUGCUCAUCUCCCUCCUUCCCAAUCCAUUCAAGACAACAGCUUCCCUAUGGACCACAGAUUUCGCCGCCAGCUCUCUGAACCUUGCAAUUCUUUUCCACCUUUGCCUGCAAUGCCGAGGGAAGGACGUCCAAUAUAUCAGCGGCAGAUGUCUGAGCCUAACAUCCCCUUCCCACCUCAAGGUUUUAAGCAGGAGUAUCACGAUCCAGUUUAUGAACACAACACUAUGGUUGGCAGUGCAGCCAGUCAAAAUUUCCCCCCUCCUCUGAUGAUUAAACAGGAACCUAGAGAUUUUGCAUAUGAUUCAGAAGUGCCUAGCUGCCAUUCCAUUUACAUGAGGCAAGAAGGCUUCCUGGCUCACCCAAACAGAACAGAAGGUUGUAUGUAUGAAAAGGGACCUAGGCAGUUUUAUGAUGACACUUGCGUUGUUCCAGAGAAGUUUGACGGUGACGUCAAACAGGAACCAGGCAUGUACCGUGAGGGACCCACGUAUCAACGGCGAGGCUCACUUCAGCUGUGGCAGUUCUUGGUAGCUCUUCUCGAUGACCCAUCAAACUCCCACUUCAUAGCAUGGACUGGCCGAGGCAUGGAAUUCAAGCUGAUUGAGCCGGAGGAGGUGGCACGUCGCUGGGGGAUUCAGAAAAAUAGGCCAGCUAUGAACUAUGAUAAACUUAGCCGAUCACUUCGCUAUUAUUAUGAAAAAGGAAUCAUGCAAAAGGUUGCUGGAGAAAGAUACGUCUACAAGUUUGUUUGCGACCCUGAAGCGCUUUUCUCCAUGGCCUUUCCAGACAACCAGCGCCCCUUACUGAAGACUGACAUGGAGCGCCACAUCAAUGAGGAGGACACUGUUCCCCUGUCCCACUUUGACGAGAGCAUGGUCUACAUGCAAGAUAGUGGCUGCUGCAACACCCACCCAUAUAAUGAAGGCUAUGUCUACUAACAACAGUGACAGUAAAGGGGGUGUUUUCCCCCUCUCUUAGGCUUCUCCUCUUUCACAAGAGCCAGAGGAAAGCUGAAUCGACUUCAGUUUGUUUUUUAAAUAGUACACUAAAAGGGGCUUUUCCUGUUGCAUUAUUCCUAUGGUCUGCCAUGGACAGCGCACUUUAUUUGAAAGGGGAGGGUUGGAAACUAAACAUUAUUGUGUGUAACAGGAGGAAAAGGGUGGGUUUGCUUUUUAUUAAGUUUGGGAAGGGAACAUACAGGUUUUAAGUACAAAAAAGCUAUAUCAUGUCUGUUUUGUUUCAUAUCAACAUAAAAUAUUGUACAUUUUCUCUGGGUAUCUGUAGUACAGUUAAUUCUCAUUGUGCAAAAUAACCACUUGCUGAUAAUAUCAGCACAACAUGCCUAGGGCAGUUGUUUCUUGCCAUUCUUAAUUGUCUUUCUGCAGAUAUAAAAGAAAAGCAAAGCAUAUACUGCAGCAUUUAAUUUAGAAGUUUGAAGUGCUGGACCUUGCAGCUUGCCUCCAAAAGCAAACAGAUAUCUCUAGAGUUUUACUUUGUUUGUAUGCUAGUUUGUAGGGCCUCAAAAAAAAAAGAAAAAAAAAAGAAAGAAAAAAAAAAGAAAGAAAAAAAAAAGAAAAAAAAAGAAAAAGAAAAAAAAGAAAAAGAAAAAUCCCACUUAUUUGCAGAGUAGCCUUAAAAAGAAGGACUAAGUCACAAAAUCCCUGACUUCAGACUACAAGCUGCAUGCUGUAACUGGAGUCACAUUACUAUACAUAUAUGGCCAGUGCUAUCACUUGGACAUUCCAGGAUCCAUUUGAGGGUAGUAAUUACAUGUGAUAGGCUGUCUGAUGAUCAUGUCAGCAUUAAAUACGGGAUCAUGAUCAGGAUGGAGAAAACAUUUCGUAUCCUUCCAUUUCCUUUGGUACAUAAAUAAGUUAUUUAAUCAAUAGGAAUUAACUGUACUAAGUCACAUAUCUAAUUAUGCUGUUUAGACACAGCAAGCACUCCUUGAGAAAAAUAUCCAAUACACUAAAUAGGUACUUUAGUAAUUUUUAGACAUGGUACCCAUUAAUAUGCAUUUAAACCUUUUACUGCUGUGUUAUGUUGAUAACAUAUAUAAAUACUAGAUAAUGCUAAUGCUUCUGCUGCUGUCUUUUUCUGUAAUAUUCUCUUUGAUGCUGAAUUUACUAUGACCAUUUAUAAGCAAUGCUGUAACUACAGGUAGCAUUUCAGGACAAAAUAGAUGACUUGAACCAUUUAUUGCUUAGAAAAUAGCUUACGCCAUAGCUGUGCUAUAAGCAGCUUUUAUGCGCAUUCACAAAUGACUAGUAAGCUUCAGCUUGCUGAGGAAAGCUCUGCAGAACCUUUUGUGAUAUUCGGUGGAACGGAGAGUAGACGAACUGUCAAUACCAUGAAGUCACUGUAUGACAUUGUAGUGCUGGCACUGAUGUUACCAAUCAACUUGUUUUGGACACUAAAUGUAAAUGUGAUCAGAUAUGCUCGGAAGACAAUUUAAAUUUUGAGUUCUUUUUUUUCCCAUUGUUUAUAUUUUUAAAUUGGGUUUGUUUUGUUCUGGGUUUUCUUUUUUUUUUUUUUUUUUUUUU